UCUCUCCCUCCCAUCACUGCUUUGCUUAGUGUACACACUUAUUCUCUCUCUCUGUCUCUCUAUCUCACUCAUCUGCUCUCUCUCCCCACCCUUCAUCGUCUAUCUGCGAGUGUCCUCCUCCCACUCUCCUGUCUCUCCUCCCUUCUUCCCUCCCCUUUUUCUAUCUCUCUCUCUGUCUAUCUCUCUCUCUGUCUCUCUCUCACUCUCUCCUUGUGAGUGGAGUCUGGGCACAGUGCCAGCUGGCGUGUGUGUUUUUUGAAUGAAUACCUGAUGAAGUUGGUGGAGGGCAGUGAGGCGAGGCAUGGGAGGAACUGAGGGAGCGUGUGUGUGUGUGAGUGUACGUAUGUGUGUGAGACAGUGUGCACGAGUGAGAAUGUGUGUGUGUGUGUGUGUGUGUGUGUGUGUAAGUGAGUGAGUGAGGGCCUUGCAUAACACACGUUGGAGUGCUGCAUGCAGGCGGUCAGGCGGGCAGCGGGCGGUCAGGGCUCAGGCUCUGGGGCAGCCUGUGUGUGUGACACUCAGGCACACUGGACGCAGCACUGUCCAGCUGUGGAGCCCCACACACUGUUCUGUGCCACGGCAGGGAGGGGAGAGCAGAUAGAGAGACCCAUACAGAGAGAAAGAGAGAGAGAGGGGGGUGGUGGACAGAGAGCAGGAGCGCAGGGAGAACAGCCAGCCUGCUGGGCAGCAGGGCAGAAGAGUUGGUGGACUCUGAGAGACUCUGGUGGACUUUCUGAGUGGACGCUAGCGAGGGACAGCACAGAGAGUGCCUUAAGGAGGCUUUUUGGACGCUACGGUUUUCACUGAAGUCCUGGGACCUUGCUUUCCAAAGGAAAUGAUUCCGCAUGAACCAAAUGCACAGCUCUUUCAUGGCAGACGUGCGUUCUGUUGCUUUCGACUGAGAUCUGCGUCCACCUGGCCCUAAACAGAGGAGAAAAGCUCCUGCCGCCUCUGCUCUACUCUCUACCCCCACCCCAAUCCCCUCCAACAGCCGACCAGAGCUGUUUGUCAGAGAGACAAACAGAAAGAACAAGAGAAAGGGACUGAGGGAAAGAUCCAGAGAGAGAGAGAGAGAGAGAGAUCAACAGGGAGAGUCCAGCAGCCACAAGCAACAUGAAAUCGAACCAGGAAAGGAGCAACGAGUGCCUGCCCCCAAAGAAGCGUGAGAUUCCAGCGAGCACCCUGCCCUCCGAUGAUAGGCCCGUGAUGAUGGCGCCAGCCACGGAAAGCCAGCACACAGAAAACCUGGCAUGGCUGGCCAGCGUGGCCAGCGGGCAGGAAAGUGGCAGUCAUCGCACCAGGACUCCUGCAGAGUCCGACGGCCCUCAGUACAAACCACUGGUCGAGUGCUCUUCUCAGUCCACAAGAAGUGCGACCGCAGUGACUACCGUCCCCGCCGUGUACACGUCCCCCAUCUCUCAGCAUGGGAGCACCAUCCAGUACACACCUGUACCCCCCAACCUGCACUUCAUCAGCCCCCCUUAUGCUGCACCGUAUACUGGCUACGUCCCCCUGGUACCCCCUCCACCAGCCUCAGCCGCUGCCACGACCUCCUCCCAGAGACACACUGAUGCCUACACCAGCGCCACCAACUCUCCUUCAUCCAAAUCUGAGCAGCAUCACCACAUCCUGGGCCGCCCUCCCGGGCCGUCCAUGUUGGACAGCACCUCUUCACCCCACCCGACCCAGUACGUCCAAAUCUCUGCCUCUCGGACUAUCCCCUCACCCCACGGCCACCUCCCCCUCCACCUGCACCCUCCGCACGCUCAGGUCGUGCUGCAGUACACUGAUGCACCAGCUCCCAAAAAGGAGGAACUUAGACCCAGAGAGGUGCUAAAUGGUGAACUGGACAAAGGCCAGCGAAUUAGCUUAUCUGAGUCCAGUGCAGGAAAGCAGAGCAAGGGAGGCUCUUCCAGCCAACAGCACCAUAUCCACCAGCAGCAGCACCACUAUGAGGCCCGGCAUGUGGUGCUACCGGCUGAAUAUGCACAGGACAGUAGCUCCGGCUUGCGGACCUCAAUAGUGUUAUUGCCCAACAGUCACACCUCGAGCAGUGCUGAUCCAGGGGGCACUCUAGACAAACUGCCUCCUCCCUCUACACAUGAAAAAGGAGGGAUUUGUGCAGGAAAGCCUGUAACUCGUACCCCCUCCAAUUCAUUGUCCAGCACCUCUCUUCCCUUUCCACCCCCACCUUUGUCUGUGGAGAGUCUAAAGGCAGCAGUCACCACGUUAUCUCCUCACACAGUGAUCCAGACCACACACAACGCUACCGAGCCGCUGUCCUUGGGCCUCACUUCCGCCAACUUCUACCCUGCUCAUCAGCCCAUUAUAGGUUACAUUGCAGGCACAGGGCAGCAACCGCCUCUCAGCUACCACAACCUGCCCCCGCACCUGGUAAUCCCUGGGGCUCAGCCGGUCAUCAUCCCUGUAAGUAGUGCAGAGGCAACUGCCACCUCCACAGCCGCAGCCACAGCCUUUCCCACAGCACUGCCCCAUGCAUUUGUCACCUCCACAGCCCCAAAAGGUGAAACCUUUGAAUCCCUGGCCUCCUACCCCCACCCCGCUGGAGCUGUGGUUCAGGCCCAGCUGCACCUGCCCAUGGUCCCUGCCCCUGCCAGCCUGCUGGCCACUCCACCUCCACCCUCAGCCCCCUCGCUGCCCCCUUACUUCAUCAAGGGCUCCAUCAUCCAGCUUGCGGACGGAGAGCUGAAGCGAGUGGAGGACCUAAAGACAGAAGACUUCAUCCAGAGCGCCGAAAUCAGCAGUGAGCUGAAGAUCGACUCCAGCACUGUAGAACGCAUCGACAGCAGCCAUACACCCAACUAUGCUAUCAUUCAGUUUGCUGUGGGAGAACAUCGCUCACAGGUCAGUGUGGAGGUGCUAGUGGAGUACCCUUUCUUCGUCUUUGGCCAGGGGUGGUCAUCCUGUUGUCCGGAGCGUACCACCCAGCUGCUGGAGCUGCCGUGCGCUAAGCUGUCGGUGGGCGACGUCUGCAUCUCUUUGACCCUCAAGAACCUGAAGAACGGCUCUCUGAAGAAGAGCCAAGGGCAGAUCCCAGACACAGCAGGCCUUGGACCACCCCUCAAACCACCUAAGCCACCUUCAGGUGGGGCGCGAGGUGGGGUGCGGCACAAAGAGCAGGAGAACGGACUGGGGCAGCGUGGUGUUCAGGGAGGGCCGGGCACUCAGGCCAGCACAGAGAACGGAGAACUGAGAAUUGGGGAGAGGGGAACGUGCAAAGCUCCUCAGCAGCCCUCAGAGGUGGAGUCCAUCAGCAAACCGCCGGGCCGAAAAAGGAGGUGGUCGGCCCCUGAGGGCCGCAAAGUGGAGAAGCCAGAGGAGGAACCCCCUUUGACUCUUCCCAAGCCUUCUUUUAUCCCUCAGGAGGUUAAAAUCAGCAUUGAAGGCAGAUCAAAUAAUGGCAAGUGAAAAAGCCCAUUGGACUGUCAGGUUGUGGUUCUGAAUUGAAUUGAAUUGAAUGAGACGAAAAGUCAAUUACCCAUCACAAUGUUCGUCUUUCUUUUGUUUUGAUCUUUGACUAUUGUUUUUUUUUGUUUUUAUAUAAUUUUAAAUUUGAUUUUGCUUAUUUUGUUUUUCUAUCCAGAUUACUGUACCAUAGGCUAAAUUAACUCCGUAUAGGCCUAUACCUAUCAUCGUAUGUGUAGUAAUAACAUUUUAAUAGGUGCAUUGAAUAUAUACUGGCAAUUGGUGCAGAGUUUUUAUUUUAUUGUUUCCCUUUUUUUGGCUGGUAAAUCUGGGGCAGGUAUAAUGCAAGGUGAAGUUGUUGGAGGAGGGUUUAUGUAGGACACCUGAGCACUGUAUGAUGCCCUCCAGGGUACAAAAUAUCUCACAACCUUUAUAGCCCUACAUCUGUUUGUCCUGUCAUAACACGAGCGGGAGACGUUGAAGGACACCCACUGAAGUAGCACUAAAUGGGGAUGCCUUUGCACGUGUAGUGCAUUAGUCCCUGCUCCAUCCAUAUUUGAUCGUGAGAGGAUGGAGGUGGGAGGGUGGGGUCCGGUGUGGAUGACAUUGCUCAGGGAGGCAGGACGGAAAUCACUCCUUCACUGGAUGCGGGAGUUUACAUGAUGUCAGCCAUCCUGCUCAAGCAGUCUCAUCUGAGAUUCAGACUUAAAACUAACGACAAUCUGAAGCCCGUCGCAAAGAGAUUAGAGGGAUUUCGUAAGUGCAGUCAGUCAGGUCGGUAAAGAUCGUGUUGGCGUUUAUUUUAAGGAAGAGAAAGGCACCUGAAUGUAAAGGAACAAACCUGGCUGGGGUUCAUAAUCCAGUCAGAGAGGUCAGAAGUCAGUCAUGUUGAGAAGGUGAGAAGUGAUUAUAUAGUAAUCAAGCAGUGCCAGUUGUUCUUUAGAGAAAGAGGGAACUAAAGUAAUAGGUUUAUAUACAUAUAUUCAACUUUUUUGUUUUGUAGUUUGUAGUUUUGCUUCUUUUUCUUUUCUGCCUCAGUUGAAACCCACGUAUCUGACCUGAUAGGUAGCAUUUUACUUUUUUUCUUUUUCUUGUUUUUUUUUUUUCCUUUCCUUUUUUGCAAUGAAUGUGUAAACCUUGCAAUCAGGGGUCACUUUCAGUCAUUUAGACAAAGAAUGGGUUCUUGUCUAUGUUAUAUACGUAAAAGGAUGUCUCAAAAGGUUGCCUUUGAUUUCAGUUAUAUGUGGAGGGACAAUGAGAUAGCUUUUUAGUUUUUUAUAUUAUUAAUAUUUUUAUUUUAAUGAAAAAAGCUGAUUAUUAUUUAAAAGAAAGUGAAAGCAUGUCACCUGAGAAGGGAGGGACAGGUGGACAAAGCACUUUACGCACCUGUCACACUCACUGGCACCUCGAUCUGUGAAAAGAGUGAAUGUGAAUGGUGCCGAAGAGCGACAGUGCAAAGGCAGAAAGGCAGAGAGAGAGAACUAGAGUUUGGAGUUUGGAGAAGGAAGCGCUGUGCUGCUCUGGUCUGUAAAGCUCUGCUUCCUCAGUAAACAGCGAGCUGGAAAGGCUAGAAAGGCUACAGCAGCGAGCGACACUUUAACACAGUGUAGCAUGGGCGUAGCUCAUGAACCAACUGCCAUUUUAAUCAUGGAAAUUCAUGCGUGGAAGUGCGAGCACAGGCAGGAGAAGGGCUUUAGAGGUAAUGAGACUGUCCAAAUAUGCCAUGAAGAGAGAAAGAGAGAGAGUGAGAGAGAGAGAGAGAGAGUGAGAAACUCUUGACACAGACAUUUUCGUGAGGUUUAAGGGUGUCCAAUAGAUCUCUUUGUUUUUAAUGUACGUAUUUACAUGUGCAUGCAUAUCUGCAUGCGCACACACAGACACACAUAAGCACAUAUUUACUUCUCACUCAUGUCCUGAUAUGUGUCUUUUGUUUAUUAACAUGUGUAGAACUGGAUAUCGUCACAGCUGGAACUAAACCUUGCAUCUUUAAAAUGUGAUUUUACAGGAAAUGGAAUAAAAUAAAUUCACAGUUUUGAAUAGAAGUCAAUGGAUCGAGAUUUCCUAAUCAUGCAUUUUGGCACAGUACAAACACCCAUCACAAUAUUACCCAUUUACAAAAAUUUGAU